AUGAUGAAGAAGAGGACGAAACAGGUGUCGUUCUUCCACUUUCUGGUGAUCCUGGAGAUCGAGAUUUGGCUGGCCUUCGCGUUCGCGUUCUUCUUGACGAUAUUUCUGUUGUUCAUUCUCGAACGGUACUCGCCGUACAGUUAUCGCAAUAACAAAGAAAAAUAUCGGACGGAGCCGGACGAUCGAUUCACUUCGUUGAAAGAGUGCUUCUGGUUCGCGUUCACGUCGCUGACGCCGCAAGGGGGCGGGGAUAUCCCGAAAAAUUUAUCAGGAAAAGUAGCAGCUGCGACCUGGUGGCUUUUCGGCUUUGUCAUCGUCGCCGCGUACACGGCCAAUCUCGCUGCUUACGAGACUCUCGAUCGGUUGGAGCGGAAUAUCGAGUCCAUGGACGAUCUGAGGAAACAGUAUCGGGUCUCGUAUUCGGUCGUGGCCGAUUCCGCCACGUACAGGUACUUCAACAGGAUGAAAAUGCUGGAGGAGAGGUUCUUCAGGUUUUGGCGAGGAACGACCCUAGAUGAAAAUACACCGGAGUGGAACAGGUCCAAGUACGCCGUCUGGGAGUAUCCCCUGGAAGAUAAGUUCACGAAGAUGUAUUACGCGAUGGAGCAAGCAGGAUUCGUUCCGAGCGAGGAGCAAGCUGUGGAGAUGCUCCGGAAAGUGAACCGCACGUUCGAGUUCGCUUUUAUUGCGGAAACCUUUACCGUAAAAUACCUGAUGCUGACGAACUGUGACUUCCGACUGGUGGGCGAGGAAUUCGGCAAGAAACCGUUUGCUUUCGCUGUGCAAAAGGGCUCACCGUUGAGGAAGAAGAUCAACGACGCGAUCACGCGUCUGAUGAUUCAGGGGAAAUUAAACGAGCUCGAGAAAAAAUGGUGGGACGCGAACCCUUUGAGAGCGAAUUGCCCGGCCGAGAAGGACUUCAACGCCGGCUACGGCCUUGACUAUUUGACCGUUAUGUUCUCGAUGAUACUCGUCGGAAUACUCCUAGCCGUUCUAAUACUGUGCCUCGAAUAUUUCCGACAUUGCUGUCGACCGAGGCGACAGAACGAAAAUGUGCGUCUCUUUGUCAGGCCGUUAUCGACGGGCCCUAAAAUACGUACCGGGUUCCGAUGA